UCCUCAACUCAGACACAGCUCUGCUACGAAGCCCUCGUUAGGAAAACCUGCAGAUCGUUAGUCUCUGAAUCGCAUGGUCGUGAGCAGUCCGGCCCCGAGUUCUCAGACUGCCGGCUCCAAACAAGAUUCCCAGUUAAAGACACAAGAACACGAGGAUGACCGCGCUGGAGCCCCCGAAGGAACGGUUGCUUAGAGGCUCAGGUCUUCUCUAGAACCUGCAACGACACCCUCGGCGCGAGCACAAAGGCUCCGACGGCGGCCGGCGGGGGCUGCAGAGCGCGCGGGAGCGGGCGCCAGAGGUCGCCUGUUCGUGUCCUAGCCAAGCCCGAGGCACCAUGCCGCGGCGCCUGCAGCCCCGGAGCGCGGGCACAAAGGGCCCGCAGGCCACCACCGCAGCGGCUUUGGCAGCCACCUCGCGCUCCCACCCCUCCGCUUCCGGGGACUCUCCGGCCUCCACCAAACCGCUGCUGCGCUGGGACGAGGUGCCCGACGACUUCGUGGAGUGCUUCAUACUGUCAGGCUACCGGCGGCUACCUUGCACGGCGCAGGAGUGCCUAGCCUCGGUGCUGAAGCCCACCAACGAGACGCUCAACUUCUGGACACACUUCAUCCCUCUGCUGCUGUUCCUGAGCAAGUUCUGCCGCCUUUUCUUUCUGAGCGGCCGUGACGUGCCCUUCCACCACCCGUGGCUGCUGCCGCUGUGGUGCUAUGCCUCCGGCGUACUGCUGACCUUCGCCAUGAGCUGCACAGCGCACGUGUUCAGCUGCCUGUCCCUGCGCCUGCGCGCCGCCUUCUUUUACCUGGACUAUGCCUCCAUCAGCUACUACGGCUUCGGCAGCACGGUAGCCUACUACUAUUACCUGCUACCCAGCCUGAGCUUGUUGGACGCCAGAGUGAUGACCCCUUACGUGCAGCAGCGCCUGGGCUGGCACGUGGACUGCACACGCCUCAUCGCUGCCUAUCGCGCUCUGGUGCUGCCUGUUGCCUUCGUGCUGGCGGUGGCCUGCACCGUGGCCUGCUGCAAGAGCCGUACUGACUGGUGCUCUUACCCGUUCGCGCUGCGUACCUUCGUCUUCGUCAUGCCGCUCAGCAUGGCCUGCCCCAUCAUGCUUGAGAGCUGGCUGUUCGACCUGCGUGGCGAGAACCCCACGCUCUUUGUGCACUUCUACCGCCGCUACUUCUGGCUGGUGGUGGCCGCCUUCUUCAAUGUGAGCAAGAUCCCUGAGCGCAUCCAACCUGGCCUUUUUGACAUCAUUGGCCACAGCCAUCAGCUCUUUCACAUCUUCACUUUCCUCAGCAUCUACGACCAGGUGUACUAUGUGGAGGAGGGUCUGCGCCAGUUCCUCAAGGCGCCACCUGCUGCACCCACGUUUUUGGGCACUGUGGGCUACAUGCUGCUGCUGGUCGUCUGUCUGGGGCUGGUCAUCAAGAAGUUCCUAAACAGCGCUGAAUUUUCCAGUAAAAAGUGAGCCUCUACUUUGCAGGAGGCUGCUGGUUUGCCCACUUGUUUGGACUUUCUGUUGUUGCUAUUGUUGGUUUGUUUUCCAGUUUUGUUGUUUCCUUCUUUGCUCAAGGAGGUUGCUCCAGAGCCACAGGGAAAAAAAAAGUCCGCUAUGGCAGGGGGGUUUCAAUGCACUUAGGGCUUUGGAAGAGGGAAAUGGGUCAAGCAGGAAGGACAGGGCCGCUGGUUUUUGCCUGUGGACGAAAUUCCGGUGAUGUCUGUGACAUCCAGGGAAUUUUCAAAGGCAGCGAAUAAAAUCCCAAAUAAAACCCCAACUUGCUUUUCCAAUGAUCUUCUGUGCCAGCGGUAAUAACAAGUAGCCCCUGUGAGGUCAGGUGCACAUUAAAGAGGGUAAGUAGACCAAAUCCCUGGGUACUUCCAUUUCAGUCUGAGGAAUGCUUGGAUUUCUCAAAAGAAUGGAUCUUUGUAGGAAACGGGCACAAAGACAUAAAUAAGCCCAGGGCUUAACCUGCUAGAAAAUGCAUGGAAUGUGAACACGAGUUUAAUUAUUUCAAAAUGUUUCUCAGAUGUUAUUUAAAUAGUAAUAUAUACAAUGGUUUUUCUUAAUUUAUCAAGCCUGUGAUAUGCACUGAAUUUUAAUUUGUCUUGUAGUUUUGAAUUUUGCAGCCCUUCUGCAUUGCAUACACUUUAACUGGACACCAGGGCAAGCUGCUUGAGAGUUCUCAACUACUGUACUUUCCUAAACAGUGUUUCCUGAAGGCCUGUGUUCCAUGAUACAAAUGUGAAUUACUUCACCUUAGGGACUCUGGUUAGACUACUGGUGAGGAGCUCAGUGGUCCACGUAGAUCCCAGAUGCCCAUUUACUUUCAUGUAUUCCACAAAACCUAUUUUGUUUUUUGUUUUGUUUUAAUCUUAUUCUUUCCUUCUCUACUUAUUUAAAUUACCACUGGAAUAAAUGUGCCUUUUGAAGCAAUGCCCAAAUGACUGGUCCUCAAAUAUAGGGGAGUGCAGUUGGAGUAAACUGUUUCUUUACUACAAAUCAGGGUUUAACAUUCCACCCAGGAGGGAAGGAAGAUGGUGUUGGUUUCAAGCUGUGAGCAGCACGGAAGUAGCUUACCAGGACACAGAGCAUUUGGCUUCUCUACUAGGAGAAGGAGCUGAACCACUAAUAUGACUGUGGUUCCUAAUGCAGCCAUCAGGGAAGGUGAGAGGACACUGUUCUAGACUGAUGCCAUCUAUCCUCGCUUAAAAACGCAAUACUCAGGAAUAGAUAAGGCAGAUACAGUAUGAAAGUCAGGAGCAUAUUACUUGAAUUGUAACUGAAGUUUUUAAGUUCAAUAAGAUUACCUUUGCCUAUUUAAACACUGAAGUUCUCAUUUACAUGUAGACUGUGGUAAUGAACAGUCAUCCUAAAUUAUGAAGAAAUGAGUGAACAUGCUCCUGAGAUCCUUUUUUAACAAUCACAUUGGCCAAUGUUAUUUAAGACAUUUGUUUUAAAUGCUAACCUGUACUGCAGGUGGCAACCGUAGAUUAACACAGAUCACUGAGGUAGCUUAUUUUAAAUACCUAUAUACUUCUUGACAAGUCCUUUGGUUAAGAGCCAAAUAAGUCAUUGAAUGGGAAGUCUUGACUUCAUGGUAUAAUUUAGAUCAAGCACAUAAACUAUAUGAACACUUACCUCAGUACUGGUAGGUUGAUGCUCCUAAAAAUAUUUCUGUUUUUGUUUGUGCUUUUAAUCGCUACUAUAUUUAUAAACCGAGAGGCUUGACACAGUUCCCUGGAGGAACCAGUAUGCUUGUGUGUUAAUUUGUACACAGAGCUUAACCUUAUAUAUGUCUGUAUUUAAUUUAAAGCCUCUUAAUGGGAUUGUAAAUAUACUUUGCACGUUUGCAGAUGGGUGUCACUGUCAUGUCUUUUGCAAAAUGCAAGGAGAUUCCCAUUAGGGUACAGAGGCUGAGAAUUUGUGCCUACUACGGAUGUCAUGCUUCACCUGUAACUUAUUCAGUACAUGCAUUCAAAGGCAAUUGUGGAGAUCGGGAUAUUUCCACCUCCAAGUUUAUUUGCAUGCCAUUAUUGUUUCUUCUAGAGCCUCAAAGAAUGUUGCUUUGGAAGCUAGAGACAUAGGUUGAUGAGUAUUUCAUAGCUUCCUUGUAAAAUGGGACCUCCCCUCUUUCAGAAGGAACUUUCUGAAAGACAUUCUCAAAAGGAUUAAUGAGUUUGAGAACAAAAAUAAACCUUGCAUUUGUCACUUAAAA